UUAAGCAACUCACAAAAUAUUACCUCUUAUCUUUUUAUUAAUAAUAUUAAUUUUACCGUUUAAUGCCUCGAGUCCGAAGACUCGUAUGAAAGAAUAAUGAUCUCUAGCUGAUGCUGCAGCAUGCCAAGUUCAGCCGCGAUGAGCGCGUUAUUCAUGCAGCUCCGUGCAAAUUCCUUUUCGUCAUAGCUAGGUCAUUGAAGAUUGCGACUAUAGUAUCGAUAGCAUGACCAUCAUUAUGUAACAGAUAAUAAUCUAAUUGCAAACCUGAAAGCAGUUACAUAAGGAGCCGUUUAUAUUUGUUGCAAGUACCCUCCUCUAUGAGACAGUUGAUUAUUUCGGUAUAACGGCCAGCUUUAUUCCUGUAUUGAUUAGAACAAAGUUUCACCUUUUCUUCCGGAAUCGGUCGAUAUAAAUACGGGUCAUUGCUCCGUUUCGUUUGUCCUGACAGUAUGUUGAGUGAAUCAUGGAAGCGUUUAAAGCAGGAAUAUCAAGUCUUCCAGGAAAGUUACGGUUAUAUCCGAACCAAAAAAUCCAUAGCGACUAGUAAGUUUGAAUGAUAUAAUUGUGCGCGAAACCUCGGCGCAGUAGAAAGUAAGAAAGGAAAAAAAAUGCAUUGCAUGGUGAGGUGACAUUUAACUGUUGCUCUCAUUAUCUCGCUACGAUGAACUCACCACGAUGUCAAAUCACUGCCACUGUACAUAUCGAUCGCUCAACAGCCGGUUGUGCAUCGUGUACAAAAGUCUACUCGGUAUACAACGCGCACGCGUUGACUAUCAGCUCGCAUGAGUCUCGAAUAGCCCCCACGCGACUGUUCUCAAUCGUGCCCGCGCAUUUGCGAAACAAACAUGAAGAGCGUUUCGAGAGAGCGAUCUUGGAUCGCGCUGAGCUAUAUGGAGGACAACGAGUAUAGUAUACAGCCGAUUCGUUGGUUGCUGAAGCCGAUAAGUGUCUGGCCCGUGGCGGACUCGUCGAUCAAGGAAAGAAUCUUAUCGGACAUUUUGCUGAUAACGUGCGUCUUUUUGAUCGUCGGUACCAUGGUGCCGUGCGCGUUGGCCAUCUUCUUGGACGAGACCACGGAUAUGGAGACGAAAGUGCGUGAGUUUGGACCCCUCAGCAACUGGAUGUUGGCGAGUCUCAAGUACUGCUCGUUGCUGGCGCACGUCGGCGACAUACGACGGUGCAUCGAGCACGUUGAGACCGAUUGGAAGAUCGUGACGAAGACCGUGGAUCGAGAAGUGAUGCUGAAGAACGCCAGGAUCGGUCGCUUUAUCGCGUUCUUCUCUGCCACAUUUAUGCACAGCGGCGUCUUCUCCUACAGCAUUUUCAGGGUACUGACGAGGGAGGACUCCGUUGCGAAAGAUAACACGUCGGUGCACGCGCUACCCUUCGCGUUCUACGACAAAAUCGUGGAUACCACGAUGAGUCCGGCGUAUGAGUUGGUGUUUGCGAUGCAGUGUCUGUCUACGUUUGUGGUGAACUCUGUGGGUAUAGCCACAUGCAGUCUCACCGCUGUUUUCGUCAUGCACGCCUGUGGUCAACUGAAGAUUCUCAUGUCCUUCUUGGUCAAUCUGACGGAUAAGGAGAACGAGAAAAAAAACUCCAUGAAACAGAAGUUCGCUGUUAUUGUGAAUUAUCAUUUGAGAGUACUGAGUCUUGUGUCUCGCCUAGAGAAAAUUACGAAUAUCACUUGUCUCGUGGAAAUAGUAGGGUGUUCGUUACAAAUGUGUCUCUUGGGCUAUUACUGUAUUAUGGAAUGGAAUCAAGGCGACAAACAAAAUAUAGUGACGUAUUGUAUAAUAUUGGUUUCGGUCACUUUCAACAUCUUUAUAUUUUGUUACAUCGGAGAAAUUCUUUCCGAGCAGUGCGGCCAAGUCGGCGAAACCGCCUACAUGACAGAUUGGUAUGUUUUACCUGGAAACACAGCUGUCGGUCUUGUUCUGAUAAUUUUGAGAUCUAGUAUCAUAGUCAAAAUCACGGGUGGAAAAAUGAUUGAGCUCUCUCUCUCUACUUUCGGUGAUGUAAGUAUUUGGAAGAACAUGUUUAUUGAUUUGUCAAAUUUGGAGUUUGCACAGAUGACAUUUUAUACAUUAGAUAUGUAAGAGCACAUAUGCUAAACAUGU